UUUUCAUUGAUUUCACCGAGUAAAGAUGUCAGGAAAGGAUCGUCUCAGCAUCUUUCCUUCUAGAGCAGCAAUGACGUUAAUGAAAGGGCGUCUGAAGGGAGCUCAGAAAGGCCACAGUUUACUGAAGAAGAAAGCAGACGCUCUCAUGAUGCGUUUCAGACUGAUACUAGCCAAGAUAAUCGAGUCUAAGACGUCUAUGGGAGAGGUGAUGAAGGAGGCGUCCUUCUCAUUGGCCGAGGCCGCCUAUUCGGCAGGAGAUUUUAGUCUUGGAGUACUGCAGAAUGUUGAUAAAGCACAGACCAAAGUGAGAUCGAAGAAGGACAAUGUUGCGGGUGUUACUCUUCCUAUGUUUGAAUGUGUGGCUGAUGGAACAGAUACGUAUGAGUUGACUGGCUUGUCAAGAGGUGGUCAGCAAGUUGCACAUUGCAAAGAUAUGUUUGGGAAAGCCGUCACACUUCUUGUUGAAUUGGCAUCAUUGCAGACCUCAUUUAUAACUCUUGAUGAUGUGAUCAAAAUCACAAACCGACGAGUGAACGCUAUUGAGCAUGUUAUCAUACCUCGUAUUGAAAGGACAAUUCAGUACAUUACAACAGAACUGGAUGAACGAGAACGAGAGGAGUUCUACAGGUUGAAGAAAAUUCAAGAAAAGAAAAAGAAGACACGAAUAAUAGAGGAUGCAGCACGUGCAAGAUACAUUCAACAGCAAAUUAUCAGUGAAGGAAUGUCAACAGAACCAAGGAACCUGUUAGAAGAAACUGGCGCUGACCCUGACAUUCUCUUUUGAUUUCAAUUAAAACAGCAGAUUUGGGAUAUUGAUAUGUACUAUAGCUAUGAUACUGAGGCUGUAGGUUGAGAGAUUGUUUGAUGCAGUGUCUUACAGAUUGGAAUUUGUUGAUGUUCUAGUUGGAAAGGUAA